AAGAAAGGGCGGAAGCCUCCGCUUGAGGGUAUUCGCCAAGGCCUCCGCUCCCGCGUGUUGGGCCCAGCCCUGCCUUACUGCGCUUGGAAACUCCGUAUGUUGGCGCCUGUAGAAGGCGGGUUGGGCCGGCCAGGAUGUCUUACCGUCCCGUCAGGCCCUUCUUAGCUCACGACUCCCGCGAGCCGUGGUCAGAGAGGAGCCUGGAGGGGCCACCUAAGCUCUGCACAAGGAAUUCCUCCAACUCUGUAGAAAUGAAGACUGACCUGAACUUAUUAUUGGAGUGUCUAAAGUAUCAAAUGGACAAUGCUUUUUCACAAAAGGAAGCUUUGGUCACUAUUCAUUCAAUUUGUCAACAAAACAGUAAUGCAAGUAUUUAUUUUCGGGAAAUUGGUGGUUUGAUGUUUGUAAAAAAUCUUGCAAAGUCAAGUGAACAUAGCAUGGUAAAAGAAGCAGCCUUAUAUACAUUAGGAGCUAUUGCAGAAAAAAAUGUUUACUGUCAGCAGACUUUGUGUACUUCAGAGUUACUUGAAGACUUAACUUGGUUCUUAUCUAAUGAUUCAAACAUAAAUUUGAAAAGAAUGUCUGUUUAUGUUAUUUUGGUUCUGGUUUCAAAUAAUAGGACCGGACAAACACUUGUGAGAGAAACAGGUUGUAUUACGGUUCUGUCACGGUUAUUCAGGACAGUUAUUUCAAAAUAUGAUUUGGAUUUGUCAAAUAAAAAUGUUUUCCAGAGUUAUCAGUUGUGGUCUUCAGUGUGUAGUACUCUGUGUGUCUGUGUCAACAAUCCUCAAAAUGAUGAGAAUCAAAUGUUUUGCUGUUCACUUUUUCCACAUGCUAAUGAAUGGCUAAAAAAUUGCAUGAAACCUGAGAUAAUUCGCCCUAUUUGCUCAUUUAUUGGACUCACUCUUGCAAAUAACACAUAUGUUCAGAAAUACUUCAUAUCUGUGGGUGGACUGGAUGUAUUGUCUCAAGUUCUCGUGCAACUGGAAUCUGAUUCACAUGAGACUCUUUCCAGUGCUAAACUUGCAGUGGUUGUGACAAAGACUGUGGAUGCAUGCAUUGCUGAUAAUCCUACUUUUGGGAUAGUACUCUCCAAGUACCACAUUGUUUCAAAACUUCUGGCAUUACUGCUUCAUGAAAGUCUGGAUUCAGGAGAAAAAUUUAGCAUCAUGCUUACUCUUGGUCAUUGCACAGAGGAUUGUGAGGAAAAUCAGUAUGACCUUUUUAAAAACAAUGGGCUUCCACUCAUGAUUCAAGCUUUAACUGAAUCUCAGAAUGAGGAACUGAACAAAGCUGCCACAUUUGUGCUUCACAACUGCAAAAAAAUUACUGAGAAAUUAUCUCUAAGUCUAGGAGAAUAUCCUUUUGGUGAAAAUGAAGCACAGCAAUUAAAGGACAUAAAUGUGAAAGAGAAGAAUCUUGAAGAGCACUGGAGGAAAGCAAAGGAAAUUCUACACAGAAUAGAGCAGCUUGAAAGAGAAGGAAAUGAGGAAGAAAUACAAAGAGAAAACUGUCGGGAUAAUAUUUCAUCUAUGAACAUGAAUAUUCAGAAUACAUGGAAACAUCUCCAUGCAGAUCAUAUUGGUCGAGCUACCAAAGCAGAAGAUGAGGAUAAAAGCCAUUCUAGACAGUUUCAGAGUUAUAAGUCCCAUGGAGCCAUGUCUAAAGCAUGUACAAAUGAUGACCAAAUGAAGACACCAUUGAAGAGUGCAAAUCCAGUCCAUACUUGUUGUAGAGAGAGUGAGCAAAAUAAGUCUUUAUAUAAAGCCAAGUCAAGCUGCAAUCAAAACUUACGUGAAGAAACUACUUUUAAAAAGAAUUUUAUUUCUCAAUCAAGUGACCAUGUUUUUAAACACCCAGUUCACAUUGCCAAAAAUAUAAAGCAGCAGUUACCAGUAACAGAUCCAUUUACAUUAUGUUCAGAUAUAAUAAAUAAAGAAGUAGUCAGUUUUCUAGCAACUCCCAGUUGUUCCAAAAUGUUGACGUAUAGGUGCUCAGGUUGCAUAGCAGUAGAAAAAUCCCUGAAUAGCCGAAACUUUAGCAAGCUCUUGCACUCUUGCCCAUACCAAUGUGAUCGUCACAAAGUCAUUGUGGAAGCUGAAGACAGAUAUAAAAGUGAACUAAGGAAAUUACUUAUCUGUAACAAAAAAAUUCUGCUGACCCCACGUAGAAGACAACAACUCAGAAAUGAAUCUACUACCCCUGGAAGAAUAAAAAAAAGAAGAGUUCGCAAAAACUUUACUGAAGAAGAAGUAAAUUACCUUUUCAAUGGAGUUAAGAAAAUGGGAAAUCACUGGAAUUCAAUUUUGUGGUCUUUCCCCUUUCAGCAAGGACGGAAGGCUGUGGACCUUGCUCACAAAUACCGCAAGCUGACCAAAAGCCCCAUGUGUGCAGCUUCUUCUUUGGAAGAAGACUGUCACUUUAGUUUGGAUUUUUAAAAUACAGUGCCUUGAAAGAUACAACAUUUAAAGUAUUUUUCUAAACUCUCAUGAGAAGGAAUGUAGAAAUGAGGAUACAGUUUUCAUUAAACAGUUUUUGUGAUGCUGAAACUCAUCAAGUUAUUACAAUGAUUUAUAAAGCAAAUAUAUCUCCAGUGUACAGAUUAGUAAGAUAAAAUUCCUUCGUAAGAUCAAACACUUGUUUAGGAAUAUGCUUUUAUUUUUCCUUAAGCUUAAAUGACAUAGAGAAAAGAAUUACCAGCCUUUAAACGUUAUUUGACAUUGCAUUAAAUACUAUGUGAGA